AUGGGUAUCGCACGAGACACGCGCCACAAGCGCUCCGCAUCGGGUGCCAGGCGGGCACACUACCGUAAGAAGAGAAAGUUCGAGCUUGGGCGUCAACCUGCCAUGACCAAGCUGGACUCGUCGAAGCGUGUUCACGAGGUGCGCGUACGUGGUGGUAACACCAAGUACCGUGCGCUCAGGCUCGACACUGGAAACUUUGCCUGGGGAUCCGAGACGGUUACGAGGAAGACGAGGUUGAUUCAGGUGCGAUACAACGCAUCCAACAACGAGCUUCUCCGUACCCAGACCCUUGUCAAGUCGGCCAUCGUCGACAUUGACGCUACCCCUUUCAGGCAGUGGUACGAGUCCCACUACGCCCAGCCCGCCGCCCGAGGUGGAAAGCUUGCCGAGGCCGACCCCGAGGCCAAGCAGUCCAACCACGUCAAGCGGAUCCUCGACGAGCGCAAAAAGACUGCCAAGCUCGACCCCCUCCUCGAACAGCAAUUCAAGGCUGGUCGUCUCCUCGCCGUCAUCACCUCCCGCCCUGGUCAGUCCGGACGCGCCGACGGCUACAUCCUCGAAGGAAAGGAGCUCGAGUUCUACAACAGGAAGCUCCAGGCGAGGAAGAGCAAGCACGCCGCUUAA